AUGAGCUCCAAGCACUCCUCCGACUGGAUUCCCUACAGCACUUUAGAUGACGAGGGCACCAACCUCCGACAGCAGAAACUGGACAGACAGCGAGCGCUCCUCGAACAGAAGCAGAAGAAGAAGAGGCAGGAGCCUCUGAUGGUGCAGUCUAAUGUGGACGGGAGGUCUCGCACUCGCCGGACCAAACAGAGCGAGGAACAGGCUCCACUAGUGGAAUCCUACCUCAGCAGCAACAGCAGCACCAUCUACCAUGUGCAAGAAGCUGAACAGGAGGAGGUAAAGGUGAUAGCGGACGCUCAGCUGCCUCGCUCGACCAAAAAGGGCAAAGCAUCGGCCAGCUCCACUCCACAGACAGGCAGCGACAAGAGGGAGAGAAAAGGGAAGCACAAAGCAAUCGAUGGCCUGGCUUCCCAGCAGGAUGACGGUCAGAUCCAGAUCCUGACAGUGGGUCACCCCAGCGCAGACGAGGGCGAGGGAGAGCCCGUCAUGAGCUGCACUCAGUCGCAGAGUAAACAGGAUCUGCGCGUCACCAUGCUCAAGAAAGGUAUAUCGAGUAGUAUGAAUUUUGAUGAAGAAGAGGAUGAUGAAGAUGAAAUUAGCUCCAGUUCCUCACAGCUCAACAGCAACACAAGACCAGGCUCUGCCACGAGCAAGAAGUCGUGCAAGGAGGUGGCCUCAGCACCCACUCCGCCAGUCAGUGAACCUGCCAUUGAUGUCGAUGACCUUGAAGAGUUUUCUUUGCGACCCGCACCCCAGGGAGUUAGAGUGAAGUGCAGAAUCACCAGAGACAAGAAGGGCAUGGACAGAGGCAUGUAUCCGACCUACUACCUCCAUCUGGAGAGAGAGGACGGCAAGAAGGUGUUUCUGUUAGCGGGCAGGAAGAGGAAAAAGAGUAAAACAUCCAAUUACCUCAUCUCCAUUGAUCCCACUGACCUGUCUAGAGGUGGAGAAAGCUUCAUUGGUAAACUGAGGUCUAAUCUCAUGGGAACCAAGUUUACCGUAUAUGACAGUGGACUGAACCCUAUGAAGAGCACCACCAGCCUCGAAGCUAGCAAUCUGCGUCAAGAACUUGCAGCCAUUUGCUAUGAAACCAAUGUCCUAGGAUUCAAAGGACCUCGUAAAAUGAGUGUCAUCAUUCCUGGAAUGAACAUGGACCAUGAGAGGGUGUCUAUUCGCCCACGAAAUGACCAUGAGUCACUGCUGGCCAGGUGGCAGAACAAGAACACAGAGAGCGUGAUUGAACUUCACAACAAGACGCCUGUGUGGAACGAUGACACACAAUCCUAUGUGCUCAACUUCCACGGCAGAGUCACUCAGGCCUCCGUCAAGAAUUUCCAAAUCAUUCAUGACAACGACCCUGACUAUAUUGUGAUGCAGUUUGGCCGUGUGGCAGAAGAUGUCUUCACCAUGGACUAUAACUACCCAAUGUGUGCCCUGCAAGCCUUUGCCAUUGCCCUCUCCAGCUUUGACAGCAAGUUAGCCUGUGAAUAGAUCCCAACUUGAAGUUCAGUGGAGAACCGGUCCAUCUGUCCUCUAAACAAGGGCUGUUAAUGUUUC